CUCUGCCUACUUGUGAUCUCUCUCUCUGUCAAAUAAGUAAAUAAAAAUCUUAAAAAAAAAAAAAAUGAAUCACAAGUCACUGACCAGGACUUUUGCACAGCAGUCUACUCUCUUGCCUGCAACGGACUUGUAACUAGCUAUUGACCUUAGGCGAUCAUUUAACUUCUUUAUCUGUAGCCACAGUAGCAAAGUCUAUUGGCAAUUAUGAACCCGAUUAAACUAAGAGCUUUAUUGGUAUUAUCCCUUCUCAGAACAGCCCUCUGGAGUGCAUAUUGUUAUCCAGGUUUACAAAUGAAGAGCCUAAGCUUUGAAGAGUGGUUCAGUGGCCUAUCCAAGGUCACAGAGAUAGUGACUAGUGGGUGCUGCAAUUCUGUUUUCAUCUGAGACUGAGACGCCAUGUAUCUCUCAGUCUGCUGUGCUGAAGUGGGAAAUGGAGGUGGAAGAGAAAUUUGGGAGAGGACAAAAGGAAAUGGAGUCGAUGAUUUAGGGAUGAGAAGGGGUCGGGAAGCUCAUAAGGAACAGAAAACAAGAGGGGAGAGAGACUGGAAGGGUAGAUUAAGGUGGCAGGCAAUACCCAUCAGUAGCCUAUGAUCUAGAAAGUCUCUCCUGGGGUAGAAAACACUGAGGUUUUAUGGCCUUUUGAAAGUCAUUCUUGGUUUCUGACUUUCCAUCAUUCCUUACAUCUCAUCAGUCGCCAAAUCCCCGGCUCCAUUUGACUGUUUGUUCCCUCCGUGUCAUCAGCUAGCAGUUGCCAUUUGGCUGGCCUGCACCACCUCCACCACACUCACAGCAACCACCUGCUUCCACGCACUCCAACCAAAGGGAUUCUAGCAUGGCAUCCGUUAUUUCUGGAUACUUCACCACAUACACUAUAUGCGUCAAGCUUGAACUACUUGUUCCUGUGGUGGGCCAUGUUCUUUUGUUCCUUGCAUGGGCAAUCCUUUUUUCUCUUCCCCCGGAAACCCCCUCCUUAUCCUUCAAUCUUCACCUCAAAGAUCCUCUCAAGACUACCUGUCUCUACUCCUUUCCCAUGAAAUGCUUGACCUGGUUUUCUUUUUCUAAACUGGUAACGCCAAUUAGCCACGAGGUGGCAGCAUAACGCUAGGGAAUUAACUGCUUGACUCCACACCUGUUCUUUCCGUUUCGAUUGUAAACUAGCAUUUAUCUUGGAUUGUGGAACUGUAGAACAAGAAGGGGCAAACACUACGGUCCAUUUGGCCUGGUGGUUUUCAGAAGCUGCGUUAAGAAGCCCCAGGAGCGCCUAGGAACUCUAUUUCCUGCUGCAAACAGGAACGUUUUAUUUUUACCCAUAUUUAUACCCAGACCUUUAAUCUAGUGUAGUCCUUCAUCUGACAAGUGGGAAGCAGGAGCCCAGAGAGGCAGCUUGCCUGAGCUAGUGAGUCUGACUGUAGAGAUGCAGCUCAAGAGCCCAGAUUUAUAAUUUCCCAGUUCUCGGAGCUGCACACUGCUGUGCCGUCAGAGGUCUCAGGCUUACCCCACAGGUUGUGGGGCAAACUUGGGAAAGAGUUUGAGGAAAAGAACAUUCUUGACUUGCCAUUUUGUUGCCUUGUAACUACUCUGUUGGCAAUAAAUUAAUAACACAGAGCACAAAAUAUUGUCAUGCAUAUGCUCUAUAUCCAUCUGAAAUAAGCUCCCUAAAGCUAAGGUCUGUUUUACUUUUCUCUGUAUAUCUUCGUAUCACCUAGAGUGAAUGUCUGCAUUUGGAACUCCUCAUCUUCAUGCAACACUGAUUGAGGGUUUUUCCAGUGGUGGGUGCAGGGGUCCAUAGCUUAAAUAAGGCUUGGUCCUUGCCCCUGGAAAAAGUCUAGUAAGAGUCUGAUGGGAGAGAGAUAUGUAAGUGGAUAAUUUAUUUUCUUAGGCGAUGAGUACCGUGAGUUAGGGGAACAAAGAGGAAGAAGCCAUGAACUUGGGUCUGGCUUAUCUUAGGGCACUCUUUUAUUUUGCUUCAUUUUAAGCCUUCAGAAAGUUCUCCUUCCUGUUGUUGACAGCUAAAGUCGUCUGCCAGAAGGUAGGUGUUGGGAGGUGAGGUGGAACUCCGAAUUUCCUCCUCAACAUCAAAGAGAAAGGAAUUUCCAAAGUGGGGACUAUGUUCUUGGUCUUUAGUUUUUUAGGAAUAAAGCCACCCAACUCCCCAGUUCCUCUCUUUAUUCGCCUCACACUUCAGAUCACUUUCUAUGAGGACAAGCACUUUCAAGGCCGCCACUAUGACUGUGACUGCGACUGCGCCGAUUUCCACAUGUACCUGAGUCGCUGCAACUCCAUUCGAGUGGAGGGAGGCACCUGGGCCGUGUACGAAAGGCCCAACUUCGCGGGCUACAUGUACAUCCUGCCCCGGGGCGAGUACCCCGAGUACCAGCACUGGAUGGGCCUCAACGACCGCCUCAGCUCCUGCCGAGCUGUUCACCUGUCUAGUGGAGGCCAGUAUAAGAUUCAGAUCUUCGAGAAAGGAGAUUUUAAUGGUCAGAUGUACGAAACCACUGAAGAUUGCCCUUCCAUCAUGGAGCAAUUUCACAUGCGAGAGGUGCACUCCAGUAAGGUGCUGGAUGGUGUCUGGAUUUUCUACGAGCUACCCAACUACCGCGGCAGGCAGUACCUCCUGGACAAGAAGGAGUACCGGAAGCCCAUCGAUUGGGGUGCAGCUUCCCCAGCUGUGCAGUCUUUUCGCCGCAUUGUGGAGUAAUGACGUGGAGGGGGCCGAAAGCUUCUCCCAGGGGGCCACUUGCUGGCCAGCCUUGUCACCCAAAUAGGCAUCAUAAAUAAAACAAUUGGCAUGCA